UGAGGGAAAGGGAUGAAUGUUAAUUUCAAAGAUGGCGGCGGAGGGAGGAGGGAAGGAGAUGAACGAAAUUAAAACUCAGUUCACCACUCGGGAAGGUGUCUACAAACUCCUCACUCACUCCGAAUACAACCGUCCCAACAGGGUGCCUUUCAACUCGCAAGGCUCCAACCCCGUCAAGGUCUCCUUCGUGAACGUCAACGACCAGUCGGGCAACGGCGACAGGAUCUGUUUCAAUGUGGGCCGUGAGCUCUACUUCUACAUCUACAAAGGCGUUAGAAAGGCUGCGGACUUGAGCAAGCCCAUAGACAAGUGCAUUUGGGUGAUGUGUACCAGAAAACACAGAGAUAAAUAA